UCAUUCUUUUCCUCUUGGUUACGUUUCUCUUCUUUCUUCUUCGUCUUCGUUUCCCUUCUUUCUCUUCUUGCCUUCUCUUUCUCUUCUCCUUCAUAUAUAUCUCUUGGUCAGUGCAUGGUUGUCAAAGGCUUAAUUGCCACGACUUGCAGGGGUGUCCCACAUGAACCCUUGCGCUUGCAGUGACAUGGGUGCAGAGGGAAGGCGGGGGAGACACUUCGAGACAGUGACCAUUAAUAUAUUUCCGAUGCAGGGCAAAUAAAUGGUGUGGAGCAGAUCGAGGCACCUGCUAGUGACCUGCUGCUGCCUGCUGAGCCCCAGGAAAAUGAGUCAUAUCGCACAAGCUGAAAUGUCUCCAGUGCGGCUUGGCCUAGUUGGUGAGCCAUCAGGCCGGGCCAAUGAGGUGAUCUACGUCAAGCCCUCCUCACCCACCCCAAGUCUACCAUCUCCAGUUUUAGUGUUCUUUGGUGGAGAUGUCCAGGAUUACCCUGAGGUCAUGGCCGCUCAUCGUGACCACAAGCGGUAUGUGGACUGGUCCCUCACCAGCACUGCAUCGCUCUUGGCUGCAAAGUUUCCAGCUCACCAUGUUUUAAUUAUCAAACCUAGCAGAAUGGAGAGGAAAACAUUCAGCUGCUAUGACAACUUUGUGAUCAGUAACAGUGUUGGAGCACCAACACACGCCCCUGAAGGAACUGCCCUGACUUACCUUGCUUCACUUAUACUUGAGACACUCAGGAAGGCUCAGGCUCUGCAGACAAGCAUAGGAGAUGAAAAUCCCACAGCUGAUCAAGGUCUUCAAGGAAGUAACAUUGACGACUCAUCACAGUCGUUAUGCCAUAAGAGUCUUAGUGACAUCACAGAGGCCCAAGAGUGUAAUACAGAUCUUCCUAAAACAAAUGAUCAUUGUUUAAAAAAUGAACUUAAAGAGACAGAAUUCAGUGAAGUAUCAUUCAUAGGCUUCAGCAAGGGAUGUGUUGUAUUGAACCAAAUCAUUACUGAACUUCAUACAUUGAUGGCAAUACAACAACAAACCCAACAACAGGAUGGCUUUAUUAAAAAGAUAAGGAACAUGUACUGGCUGGAUGGUGGACAUGCAGGUGGCCGUGACACCUGGAUCACCUCCCCUUCUAUCCUCAAGUCUCUGGCAGCACGGCAGCACAUUACCAUCCACAUACAUGUCACACCAUACCAGGUUCGUGAUGAAUUCCGUCCCUGGAUAGGCAAAGAGUGUAAGUCUUUUCAUGACAUCUUGAGACGUGCUGGAGCCAAGGUAAAUUACUCCCUCCACUUUGAAGAGGAAGCACCAACUCUGUUGUUGCACUUCAAUGUUCUGAACCACUUUACUUGAUGAGUAUAUCUUUUUGUGUAUAUUCAAUAAUAAACUUAAAAAGACUUACA